AAAACCGGCUUUAUUGCCGUGGGCUCUUGUUGCUAGUAGUGGUGUGAUGGCUGUGUGACAGUAACUGCCCUUCAAUCACGUGAUCGUGCCUUUUCUGUGCCAUCACUUGGGAUUUUUCUAUUGUUUAUCAUCUUUUUUUCACUGUAAAAAGAUGCAAUAGUACUAAUAAGUUAUAACCAUGGCCCUUUGUAAAGCUGUGAAUUCCCAUAAGUUGCUGUUUUUAUGUAUAUAAAAACACUUACUUCGUGAUGGAUUGGCUUUCUUGGUUGAUUGAAGUUCAAGAAACAGUGAGGUACCAACUAGAAAGAUAAGACCAGAAUUUAAUUUUUUUCAAGAAUUUUAAGUGCGAAGGUUGAGGCAUAAGGAUAAUGGAUCUCGGGAAUGCCAAAUGUUGGGAUACCUCAAAGAAGGAUUCUUGGAAGACACUGUUGAUUUUGGCUUAUCAGAGUCUCGGUGUGGUAUACGGCGACCUUAGCACUUCGCCUCUCUAUGUUUACAAGAGCACAUUUGCGGAAGACAUCCGUCAUUCUGAGACUAAUGAAGAGAUUUUUGGUGUGCUUUCAUUUGUUUUCUGGACUCUCACUUUAAUCCCACUGUUCAAGUAUGUGUUUGUUGUCCUCAGAGCUGAUGACAAUGGAGAGGGUGGUACUUUUGCGUUGUAUUCGUUGAUAUGCCGGCAUGUGAAGGUUAGCCUUUUGCCAAAUAGGCAGAUUGCAGAUGAAGCAGUGUCCACUUACAAAAUGGAGCACCCUCCAGAGAAGAAGAACUCAAAGAUUAUAAAUUACCUUGAGAAGCAUAAGUGCCUGCAUACUGCUUUGUUGAUCUUGGUUCUUCUCGGUACAUGUAUGGUGAUUGGAGAUGGGUUGCUCACUCCAGCAAUUUCGGUUUUCUCCGCCGUAUCUGGCCUGGAGUUAUCCAUGUCCAAGGAACAUCAUCAGUAUGCUGUGAUUCCAAUCACUUGCUUCAUCUUGGUGUGUCUUUUUGCGCUUCAACAUUAUGGAACUCAUCGCGUCGGAUUAUACUUCGCACCAAUUGUUUUGACAUGGCUUCUAUGCAUUAGUGCUCUCGGCUUAUACAACAUAAUCCAUUGGAAUCCACAUGUCUAUCAAGCUCUUUCCCCAUAUUACAUGUUCAAGUUCUUGAAGAAAACAAGGAAAGGUGGCUGGAUGUCGUUGGGCGGAACACUAUUGUGCAUAACAGGUUCAGAGGCAAUGUUUGCUGAUCUUGGUCAUUUCAAUUAUGCUGCAAUUCAGAUUGCUUUCACAUUUCUAGUGUAUCCAGCACUUAUAUUGGCAUACAUGGGGCAAGCCGCUUAUUUGUCACAGCAUCAUGAUAACAGCCAUCAUAUUGGCUUUUAUAUCUCUGUCCCAGAAACUUUGAGAAUCCCAGUGCUGGUAAUAGCUAUACUUGCUUCUGUGGUAGGAAGCCAAGCAAUCAUCAGUGGAACUUUUUCUAUCAUAAACCAGAGCCAGUCACUUGGCUGCUUUCCGAAAGUGAAGGUUAUUCACACCUCUGACGAGAUACACGGCCAGAUUUAUAUCCCUGAAGUCAACUGGAUUCUCAUGAUUCUCUGCAUUGCUGUGACUAUUGGGUUCAGAGACACCAAACACAUGGGAAAUGCAUCAGGAUUAGCCGUGAUGACGGUGAUGCUAGUGACCACAAUCCUUACCUCCCUGGUUAUAAUCCUUUACUGGCAAAAGCCCCCAAUUUUAGCACUUGCUUUUCUACUUUUCUUUGGUUCGGUUGAAUUACUCUACUUUUCGGCUUCUCUCACCAAGUUCACGGACGGGGCCUGGCUUCCCAUCCUCUUAGCUCUCUUCCUAAUGACUAUCAUGUUUGUUUGGCAUUAUGCUACUAUUAAGAAAUAUGAAUAUGACUUGCACAACAAGGUAUCACUAGAUUGGCUUUUAGCCUUAGGCCCAAGCUUAGGAAUUGCUAGAGUGCCCGGUAUUGGUUUAGUUUUUACCGAUCUGACCUCUGGCAUCCCCGCUAACUUCUCACGCUUUGUCACUAACCUCCCUGCCUUUCAUCGUAUACUCGUCUUUGUGUGUGUGAAAUCUGUGCCCGUGCCUUAUGUGCCUCCUGCUGAGAGGUAUCUUGUUGGACGUGUGGGACCUCCAUCUCAUCGGUCUUACAGAUGCAUUGUCCGUUAUGGAUACCGUGAUGUGCAUCAAGAUGUUAAUUCUUUUGAAUCCGAGCUUGUUGCUAGGCUGGCCGAUUUUCUCAACUAUGAUUGGUGUAAAAGGAAUCGGGCUAACUCUUUUACCGAGGAUGAUGCAUCUCGAUCCAACGAAUCAACAAGUGAAUGCAGAUUGGCAGUGAUCGGAACAAUGGCGUUUCCGAACACACCAGCUUAUGAGAUUGAGGAAACUGUGCAGCCAGCUAGUGUAUCCUGCGGAUUUUCCACCGUAGAAAGUAUAUCCGAUGUUAUUGAAAUGGAACCGGUUAAUGUGGUCCAAAGAAGAGUGAGGUUUGUCAUCAACGACGAGCCGGAAACUGAAAUGGAUCUUCAGUUAAAAGAAGAGCUAGAAGAUCUACUGGCAGCUCAACAAGCUGGUACUGCAUUUAUAUUAGGGCACUCGCAUGUUCAAGCAAAACAAGGGUCUUCUCUCUUGAAGAAGCUGGCCAUUAACAUUGGGUACAAUUUUCUGAGCAAGAACUGCCGGGGACCGGACGUGGCUCUGAAAGUGCCGCCGGUGUCUCUUCUGGAGGUUGGUAUGGUUUAUGUUGUGUAAGAAUGUCAUGUAAGUAGAUUUGUCAGUAAGUAUAGAUAGCAUGAGUGUUUAAGAAGCAUGGUCUAUAGUGAGGAACAUGCUUCUUUGCUAUAGAGAAUUUAUGUAAUCCCAUGAUAAGAUAGAAAUAUAUAAUUUAUUUUUUACA